AUGUUGUUGUUGUGCGGCUAUGCCAACGGCCAUCGUCGCCUGAGGACCGGGAGCUCAAAGACUACUCGACAUCCGCAGUGGUUGCCUGAACCUGGUUGGUUUUUAGACAAGGUCCGAUCUGUUGGGUUGGAGCCAGAACUUCGCAAAGUUUCCGGAGUUGACGCCCGGAAUGCUCUCGAUGUCGUAGCUGCAGAUGUAAAAGCGCUCAUAGUUUUAGCUCCUGGCGUUUGCGACAAGGGACGUCUGACUCCUUGGAAUCAAGAAGCGGAGCUCCUGUGGCAGUACUACAAGUGUCCUCGUUCCAGCUUCAGUGUCAAAGCUGUUUCGAUGUAUGCGUUCGAACAACCAUCAACAAUCGCAUCAGUCCGUGGGUGUUCUGGAAAUGUUGCUAUCAAGCACAUGGUUUUCCAGACCAAUACAGCUGUUGUGAGCCGUGGCACAGUUCUGAUUUCCAAACCAGCUGGUGCACGAACGACCUUGGAAGAAUGCUGUCGCAAACAUGGUUUGGAUGCCCUUGUGGACAAUUUAGACGAUGUGCCUGUCAUGUGGGUCCCAGAGGUGGUUCUGCAAUUGAUGUUGGUGCAAAAAUGGUCCACAUUGCUGCUCAACGUGCGAAAUCAUCAUCUGCAGAAGGGUUUAGAUAAAACGUUGGCAUGGAUGCAAGCUGCUCUGAAUUUCCCAUCGCAAGCGGAUUUGCAGCAGUUGAAGCAGCAGAACAGGGACUCUCCUGCGCAGCCGACACGCUGUCUGGAAGCUCAGGAUGCGAUGUUUUUGCUACAUAUGUUGCGUUCUCAAGCAGACACGCUCCUCAGCGAAUGCGCUGAGUUCGAAGAAGAUGAUGUACGCCUGCAGCUGGAGAAUGCAGCUGAGGGUUUAGAGCUUUUGAUUUUGUCCUGUCAUGAAGCAGGACAAGGGCAAACUGCCGCCAAUAUCCCGAAACCAGUCUUGCUGCUUACGAAUGCCAUCCGCUUUUCCCGCUAUGUGAGGAACCGCAGCAAGAUGAAUGGGGCUUUUUCUUCGAUGAUCGAGGUGUUUGUAAGGCUGGAUGCAGCCUUUGCAAUGCUUCAGCGAGAUGAUCUGGAGUCUGGUCUUGGGCCACUUUUUUGUUGGGCUGACUCGUCGCCCCAGCUCGGAGCGGAUUGGCUGCUUUCGAUUUACGAUUUCAUUUUUGCAGACCAAGUUGUACGCUGUUGGGAGGCUGCGAACCUGUUGUCGACAUCAGUGAACAGAUUCAAGCUGCUUUGUGACGGCGAAGAUGGAGAGUCGCUGGAGUCGGUGGAAGGCAUGCAAAGCAUUGUGCAGGAGCGCGUUGAUGCUACAGUUCUUUUGUCCAAGCAGGUGCGCAGGCAUCGCCAGAUGCCGAUGGCCUUGGGUUCCUCGGCGUCGACGCUGGAACACAAAACCAAGGCUUUGGCCAUGAAAUUUGCCCACGAAGCAAGGAGUUUGAGCAGCUUGGAACAGAUCGCAAGCCGUGUGUACUCUUUGACAGUUGAUCUGGGGACUGAGGCCGGCGUGUCAGAUGCUGCGGGCAGCAUCUGCGACUACUUGCCUUCGUGGGUGCAAGUGGAUCGUUUGCUCCCUGAUGCUGGGCUCGAUCCUGGAAUCUUGGAGGACACGCCGACGCAUGCAUUCAUGAAUGCCUUUUUGUGCGCUGGUCUUGAUCACAUCUCAAACAACUUGCAGAGUGACAUGGACGCAAAGCUGCGAAAUUGGAGCACGUGGCUGCGAGGCUUCAAAGCCCUAGCUCACUUGUUAUCUCACAGGUAUCUGUUGAAGCGGCUGGUUGCGAGAUGUAUUUCUGGGGGACCGUUUGCAGCACUUGCACGAUGUUUCGAGACAGCAGUGCCCAGCGUCGCGAAGUGGAGAUGGGGAACCAUCGUGAAGGCAUUGCCGCCGAUACUCGCCCUUGUCAGGCCGUUACGAAUCGUAUGGGAUGCGUCAAAGUAUCGUGGAAGGGCCAGUUUGGAGGCCCAGGCUGCAGAAGAAGAACCUGGAGCAGAGAAUCGGGAGGCGCAAGACGAGUUGGACGCAGACGUUGUGACGGAGACAUUGAAAAGUCCACUUUGGCUUCCUUAUGCUCACAUGCUUCUUCAGCUCCACAAAGAGUGGCUUCUGUCCUCUGAGGAUGACAACUUGGAUGGUUCCGGACAAAGCAAGCAUGCCCAGGCGGUCGCUGCUUUCUUGUCCGAGCUGGGGUUGCCGAAAGAUUCCGAUGGGCCGAAAUGUGUGUGCCCACUUGCGGGCAAGCGUGCGCAUGAGUUGGCAACAGGCGUGCUGCAGGAGCGACUUCGGAGUUUUUGCGAGAAGGUGCGCCCUGAAGUCAUCAUACAGGCAGCUCCACUUGAUGCUGCAGACAAGGACAAAGUGAUUCAGGACUUUGAGCAUGGUCUAAGCCAUAUCGACAUGACAGUUGAGUUGAAACUUGGACAAUGGGACGAUUUUCCUUGGAAGCUGUGUUCCUUGGCCGUGCCAUGUGCAAAUCAGAGGCGACAAGCAGCUGCAACCAUUCUGGAAGCCUUCGAAAAGCUUCCCCAAGAACAGCAUUACCAUCAUCGAAUUACUUGGCGUUUCCUGGCACCAGGCAGUGAACUUGAACAGCAGCUACGGCGUUUGGCUGAUGAUGCGAAUGUUUCGCUGAAAGACUUACCGCAGCUUCAAUACGAAAUUGCUUGUUUGAGGUUCAUACCUGUGGUUGAGCGUGUGGUGGAAGCUGAGCACAGCCUGGUUCAUCGGCACGGUGGCUACCGCAAGGUUACUGGUGCUUAUAUCUCAUGUGCAGAACGCUUGCAAGAAAUCGAUAAGUGCAUGCAAGAUGAGCAGAAGAAGCAGCAAUUGCUUGCUGCUUUUGAGAAAACCCGUAAAGUGAGAAGACUUGCGAAACUUUUCCGAUUCGCAAAGCACCCACAAUGGCUCGAGAUGGUGUCGAAGCCGAAGAAACAGCAGAGGGGUUUGGAUAAAAUGGCCAAUGCCAUCAUGUACGGGAAUGACACCACCAUGUUGUAUUUGGACCUCUCCGCGCCGCAACGAAACAAUCGCGACUCGCGCUUAAUCGAAAGCAGUUUUUUUUUCUGUUUUCGGUCGGCUCAAGUCCAGUAA